AAACUUUGUCAACCAGCCUGUGAAGAACUUUGUUGCAUAAUCAGAAGGGAUAAGAGGAAGCCUGGAGUUGCCUAAUUUGCUGUCGCACUUCACAUUGUUCCCUGCAGCCACACCAUGAGAACUUCAGCUUGUUCUGCCAGCAAAAUUUGUGUUCCUGUUCUCUGUCUCUUGUUGCUGAUGAAGGAUAAAGUGGAUUCAGUUGACCUGUUGGCGCCAGAAGAAGUAACGGCAUCGCCCGGUGGGUUGGUGAAAGUCGCAUGUCAGUACGACCUUCAGUUCAAGGAAAGACCCAAAUACUGGUGCAAAGGAUCAGUUUAUGAACUGUGUAAAGWGCUGGUGAGAACAACCAGCAGAACACAACGUGACAGGUACUUUAUUGCUGAUGAUAGGGAAGCAGGAGUCUUCACCGUAACUAUGACUUCACUCAUGGAAAGUGAUGAAGAUAAGUACUGGUGUGUAAUAUCCAGAUCUGGGAGAAACGUCUACAAAGGUGUCAGGCUUGUCAUCGCUCAAGCAGCUACAACACCAAGCACCACAAAAAGUAGCGUCUUGGCACARCAAGAAACAAGUUUGUGGGCAUCUCUACGGUGGUUUCUCUUUUUGGUGACAUUGGGGUGUUUGGUAAUGACACAUGUGGUUGUCUGGAGGAUGGAGGCUUCAAGGAACCCAGAACCAGAAAUGACUGUAAUGUAAAUGAGCUGGUCUGUGAGUAAAUCAUAAGCACAGUCAUAAACAGUCAUCUGUGAUAUCAAGAACAGUGGAGCAGCUAAACAAGACAUGGAGUGGACAUUCACUGACAUUCACUACAGUGUGAAUGUAGGUGUUACAUCCUGAUUCAAAGACAAUAACAACWGGGGAGACACAACACCAACAAUUGUUUAAAGCCCUGUUAAAGGCAUUUAUUACAAAAAUAAAAGUAAAGAAGGAUGUUGGUGACAGCUCGGUGUACCGGUUGGCGUAAGCCCAGGAGUCGCCGAUCAGGAGAGCCUCUUAGUAGCAGGUGUGCCGGAAGUCCCUACCGUAUCAUUUGGGAACACCAAGAACCCCCAAGUUCUACCAGGUCAUCUGCWACAGCAGUGGGGCUGUCACAGGAGGAGUAUGGGGUUCCAUUUGUGUCAAAAAUAUGUUGGCAUGGUGUUACAAACAUAUUUGUAUGUUYCUAACAUACAAAUAUGUAUGAUAUCAACAUACAUAUUUGAAUGUUGAUGUCAAUCCAAUGGGAAAGGAUCUAUCAAGAUGUUACAUGGUUUUAAUGUGGGUAUUUAAAUUGACAAACCAUUUUAUUUUCAAAGUCUUAAAGAAACGUUGGUUAAUAUUCCUGUGAGCUGAGGUGUGUUUUUGAUCCUCUUUUGACUUGAUUCACUUACAGAAUAACAGAACCUGCAUCCUGAGAGUAUUCUGUAAUAAUAUAAUGUAAUAGCAUAAUGUCACAGCCUCUCAGGACAUGCAGGUAAAAUCAUAAGUCAUAAUCCACGCUGUCUACUAAUCACAACUUUCUUUCAAAUUCUUCAAAAAAGUAAAAUAUAUUCUGUAAAACAGACUGUGAUGAUUAUAAAUCCUGUUAGAUAAAUGCAACUGAAGUAUUUGUGCAUAUUGGUCAUUGCAAUCAAAUUGUUUAUCAUUAGUUUGGAUUACUUAACAUUUUUGCACAAUUACAAUUACUUGUCCAGUUUAAUACAUCUACUCUUAAUUCUUGGAUUUAGAAGCAUCAAUUGUUUUCUUUAUGUGCAACACAGAAGUAGUGAAAUAUUUAGUUUGUGAAACUGUUGUGUUGGAUUUAUGUAUGGGUUCUUUACAAUAACAAUUAUAUGUACUUUUUUUAUUAAAUCUCCAAAUGUGGAGGAGGUGCAUUUGGGGCUUUUUCUACAGUGCAUUUGUUCAGAUGUCAUUUUUAACAUACCAAAAGGUCCAUGCUAAUAUAAUAGCAUGUCAUCAUGUGAAAUACCAUAAAUAUGAAAUUAAAGCAAUUCUGUUCAAUUCAA